CCGAGCAUCCCCCGCUCCCGGUACCCACCCUCGGUACCGGGACCCUCCCCAGGGCCACCGGGACCCUCCCCGGUACCGAGACCUUCCCAGGGCGCACCGGGACCGCUCUCG